AUGGAAGAACCUGGACCUCAAGCAUUUCAAUCAUUCGAAGAAACCGAGAGCUCCGGCGAGGCUGUCCGUCCUCUGGAUUUCCCACCACCUGCAGUUCGUGCCGGCGUCCGCGUAAACGCUUUGGUGGUGCACCCCGAGUCGGGAACGCGACAGGUAUGUUCCGGCGUAAUUCAUCGUGAAGACUUGUCGGAAGCGUCGGAACCUAUAUUGCAAGGCAGCGGGCCUGCGGGAGUAUCGCCUAUGACGACGCACGAACGAGACCCCUCGGUACAGGAAGAAGUGUUAGCCUAUUGGCCGCAACGCCGCUUACAGGAUGCCAUUUACGGAUCCGUAUGGGCCUGCCUGGUUCUGCGACGGCACCACGGGAUUGCAGCCGAUGACGCCGCACGGGCAGCUGGUGUGGAACCAGGGUCUGCCAGUGCUCCAAUUGUAUGGGAAAUAUCAGGCCAGCAUGUUGCGAUCAAAAUGGUAGAAUGGGCACGCGUUCAUCACAUGCGAGGACGGCUUCUGGAAGAUCCGGUGAAAGAAGUUGCUGCUAUGCAGCUACUGGGUGCGCGUCAUCCAAAUGUGCUGGGAAGUACUGAAGUAUUACAAGAUGGUGACUUCUUAUACUCGAUAAUGCCCUACUGUCGAGACGGUGAUUUGUUCGGCGUUGUUGUCCAGUACGCUGAGGACAGCGGUGGCGAAUCUGGCAUGCCCGAGCCGGUCGCACGCUUUUGGUUUCGUCAAAUUUUAUGGGGUCUUCAUCAUCUUCAAACGCAAGGCGUAUGUCACCGAGACCUUUCUCUCGAAAAUAUUUUAGUUGAUGGUGAUCGCUGCAUGAUUAUCGACAUGGGCAUGUGUCUACGAGUUCCCUACAAUGAUCCUCACAAGCCCGGAGCAGUUACCGAUGUCACGCGUGGAAGUACUCGGCGAUUGAUGCGACCACAGGGAGUUUGUGGAAAGCACAACUAUAUGUCCCCAGAAGUAUUUGCCAACACCGACAGCUUUGAUGGUUUUGCUAUUGAUCUGUGGGCAGCAGGUGUCAUUCUUUAUAUCAUGCUGACAGGAUUCCCGCCUUACGACCAAGCUAGUCGAACCGACCAGCGAUUCGAGCUGAUUGCCACUGGUCGCCUAAUGGAGCAACUUCGAAACUGGAACAUCCAACUUUCUGAGGAAGCAGGAAAUCUGUUACAGCGAAUGCUGACAUUAGAUCCUCGUGAACGGCCGACGCUUGCGGAAAUUCUUGCCGAUCCAUGGGUAACGAGCGACGACGUACAUGUUCCUCCUCCGCCGGAGCCGCUUCCGUUCUAACGAUGGGUACGCCUUGUUGGUUUCAUUUAUCUUUCCCCUUCGAAAAUUGUUUUCAGGGAUUUCGUGGACACAACCGUCCUCUACGUUACAAUCUUGCUACUAGGAUGGUCAGAAGGCACGAAUUACGGCUAACGCAAAAGAAAAACUCACAGCUUG